GAGAAGAAGAAGAAGUUCCGGGUAGGCGUGGACCAUUCUUCAGAAUAACGAAGGCGUUAGAACUGUGCUGUCAAGACGAUAACCGUUGUAUGUAUUACUACAGCCCGACUCAGAUUAAGUCCGAGGCCAGUAACAUCAACAGUGAGGACAAACCCAGCCUGCCUCUCUCCUUUCACACUGAGUCCAAACGUACAGUCACUGGGUCCUGAUUGUGACAGUUGAGACCAGUUUGCACUGCAGGAUCCAGAGAUGGCAUCAGUGAAGCUGGAAGACUGCAGUCAAACACUGGAGCUGGAUGUCAACAUUAAAGAUGAAGAAGAGGAGGAGAAGAUUGGGACAUCUGUUUCUCAUGGUGACGUUGAGACAUUCUCUACAUCCAGAAAGCAGCAGGAAGAUCACAGAACUAAGAGGUCUCACCACUGCCCACAUUGUGAGGAGAUUUUCCCAAUGCUAUCAAAGCUAAAAAUACACCUGAAAAUACACACAGGAGAGAAUCUGUAUUCCUGCACUGACUGUGGGAAGAGCUUCACAACAUCAAGGGCUCUGACAGUUCAUCAGAGAGUGCACACAGGAGAGAAGACUUACUCCUGCUCCGACUGUGAAAAGAGGUUCUACCGACUGGAUAAGUUAAAUAGGCACCAACUAAUACACACAGGAGAAAAGUCUUACUUCUGCUCUGACUGUGGGAAUUGUUUCGCCCAAUUUAAUACCUUAAAAUCUCACCAGCGUAUGCACACAGGAGAGAAGCCUUACUCCUGCUCUGACUGUGGGAAGAGUUUCUCUCAACUGGGAAGCUUACAAACACACCAACGUAUUCAUACGGGAGAGAAGCCUUACUUCUGUUCUGACUGUGGGAAGAGCUUUAGAACAUCAGGGGCUCUGACAGUUCAUCAGAGCGUGCACACUGGAGAGAAGCCUUACUCCUGCUCUGACUGUGGGUGCAGAUUCUCUCAACGGAGAAACUUAAAAAACCACCAACAUAUACACACAGGAGAGAAGCCUUACUCUUGCUCUGACUGUGUAAAAUGCUUCACAACAUCAUAUGAGCUAACAGUUCACCGGAGAACACACACAGGAGAGAAUCCUUACUUCUGCUCUGACUGUGGGAAGAGUUUCUCCCUAUUGGAUACCUUAAUCAAACAUGAACGUAUACAUACAGGAGAAAAGCCUUACUCCUGCUCUGACUGUGGGAAGAGUUUCUCUCAACAGAGUAACUUAAAAAGACACCAACGUUCACAUACAGGAGAAAAGCCUUACUCCUGCUCAGACUGUGAAAAGAGUUUUUCCCAAUUGGAUAAGUUAAAUAGUCACAAGCGAAUACACACAGGAGAGAAGCCUUACUCCUGCUCUGACUGUGGGCAAAAUUUCUCUCAACACAGCAGCUUAAAGAAACACCAACGUAUACACACAGGAGAAAAGCCUUACUUCUGCUCUGACUGUGGAAAAUGCUUCACAACAUCAUCUGAGCUAACAGUUCACCAGAGAACACACACAGGAGAGAAGCCUUACUUCUGCUCUGACUGUGGAAAAUGCUUCAAAACAUCAUCUGAGGUAACAGUUCACUGGAGAACGCACACGGGAGAAAAGCCUUACUCCUGCGCUGAAUGUGGGAAGAGUUUCUCUCAACAGAGCAACUUAAAAAAACACCAAUGUUUACAUGCAGGAGAAAAGCCUCACUUCUGCUCUGACUGUGGGAAUUGUUUUACCCAAUUAUAUACCUUAACAUGUCACAAGCGUAUACAUACAGGAGAAAAGCCUUACUCCUGCUCUGACUGUGGGAAAAAUUUCUCUCAACACAGCAGCUUAAAGAAACACCAACGUAUACACAAAGGAGAAAAGCCUCAUCAGUUCUCUCAGACCAGCUAAGAUUAAAGUCCAUCACUUAAUUCUCAUGUCAUAAAGCAAGUGGUAACACUGAAUUGGAUCCUAUUGUUUCUCACUGUGAGAACUGUGCAGAGGAAAUGGAGAAUUAGAGAAUGUUAGCCUCUCUUUACUAAUCAGUGUACACCUGGUCAGUUUUGGUGUGUUUUGUUAGCUUCUACUGUAAAGAUAUUGAGAUGACCUUGGAUUUGUCCUUAAGGUUGAAUAACCUCUGCGGUUUCUCUUGUUGAAAAUACGGAGUCUGAUGGUUGACCUGGUAGUGCUGCUUCCCUCUGCAGUUCUCUGUGGGAAUAAGCUAGUAGACACAACAUGUAUCAGAUAGAGAUGGUGUGAGGAUCAGUUUUCACCUUUUGUUUGGGUGGAUAUAUUUUUUUUGACUACUAAGGGACUGUAAGGUAUUUAUAAUAAGGGAUACCUGGAGAAAAUCAUCUCUCUCUAAAAUGGAAAUGGAUGGCCCUCCCUUCAGUUAAAUAUAUUUUUACCUGACCCUCCCUGAACACUUGACAACAACAAAAAACAAGUGACCCUCCACUAUACCCAAAAUAAUAAUUUAAAUAUGAAGUGGAUUGCAGAGAACAUGCCUACUACUGUUUACCUUCACUCCUUGGACAGACCAGAGUCUUAGAUAUGCCGUUUUAGAAACUGUUCUUCGUUUUGUAAGCGUUACAUGGCAAAGCAGCCAGAAGGUUGUGGUUUUGCAUAACACCGUGGAUAAGGGUAGGGGUGAACAUACAGGUCCCUCCACUAAUAUUGGGACACUUGGUAAAUAUGAGCAAAUCGGGCUGUGAAAAAAAUGUGUUUGCUGUUUAUCCUCUUGGUGUUUCAUUCAAAAUAUUUACAAAAAUUGAACCUUUUAAUUCAAGUAAAAUGAUUGAAAAAAAUACAUGUGAAAUAAAUGUUUUUCUUCAAAACAUGUGUUGCACAAUUAUUGGCACCCCUAGAAAUUAUUAUGAGUAAAAUCUAACUGAAGUAUAUUUCCAUUCAUAUUUUACGUUCUUAAGUUCACCUGAGCGAUUAGGAACACUUAAGUGGUAAGCCAUGACUUCCUGUUUCAUUGGGGUGUAAAUAUAUGGUGACACACAGGCCAAGGUCCGAUAGUCAUCCAUCACUAUUGGAAAGAUGCGAUAAUGUGCGACAAAAGGUUGUUGAGCUGCACAUUUCCACUAUCAGGGCAAUAAUUAAGAAAUGUAAAGUUACCGGAGAUGUUAACAAUGGGCCUGGAAGAGGACAUGUGUCUAUAUUGACCCCACGCACAGUGAGGAGGAUGGUUCCAGUGGCAAAAAAAAAUCUCCAAGGAUCACAGCUGGAGAAUUACAGAUGUUAGUUGGGUCUUGGGGUCAGAAAGUCUCCAAAACUACGAUCAGACGCCACCUACAUAACCACAAGUGGUUUGGGAGUGUUGCCAUAAAAACGCCUUUGCUGUCAUCAAACAACAAACUCAAGCGCCUAGAGUUUGCCAAACGUUACUGGAUCUUUCAAUAGGACCAGGUUCUAUGGUCAGAUGAGACCAAAAUUAGAGCUUUUUGGAAACCAACACCAGAGGUGGGAUUGGUGUAGACAGAAAGAUAUCCAUACAGAAAGUACCUCAUCCCCACUGUGAAGUCUGGUGAUGAGCAAGGCACUUAAGAACAUAUUCUUAUUUAAAAUGACGACCUACCCCGGCCAAAUCCAGACGACUCUGGGCCAAUUGUGCGCCACCCUAUGGGACUCCGAAUCACGUCCGGAUGUGAUGCAGCCUGGAUUGGGAAUGCCUAUCCAUUGCAGUGUAGCCUAGUUUUAUAUAUACCAUCCCAGCAGCGCAAAAACUAGGGAAGGGAGUCAAUUUUCUUAGAAAUAUAACUUUGCACUGUGCUUCUCCCUGCAUGGUCUUGGUAUAGCCUAGGCCUAUAGUAUAGGCUAUGGAUCAUGUUGGAUUCUAACUACUUUAUUGAACUUUGUAUAGGAAAGUUACUGUGAGACGAGUAUAGAAGGUGUCUGUCCAGACAUGUUUUGUUCUUGCUGUGUAUUAAUAUUUCUAAGGAUGGAGGUUAAGAGCAACAGGCUAGUCUCAGUUCCUGAUAAGUCAGGUUAGUUUCUGUGGAACUAGGGCAAGGAGAGAGGUGGAACUCAACAUCGAGAUGAGGACAACAGUUGAAGAGAGAAGAAACCUCUGGGAGGAAGGCGGCAGGGGUCCACCCCAACCACAGUCCCAUCUCACACCUCUCCGCUCAUGCUGCUCUGGACUCAGGCAGGGCCAUCACAAUGUAAUAAGUAAGAGGAACAGAGACCGAUUGUUUAUCUUGGAAGUGGUGACUCCACCUAGUUGGAAGGUAUAAAUAUAUGCUUUGUGUGACUUGUAUGUUGUAUUUGCAGCUGAAGCAUCCAGUGGGAUGAAUAAAGCUGGUUUGUGCUUUUAA